ACGACGAGUCCUUGUAUCAGCGUACCUACGCUAAAAUCAAAGCCUCCUCUGUCUCUUCUACCAACUCAGGGAGAUCCAUUGCCCUUGAAAUAUCCAACUAUCCUCUCUCUCUUCUCUGAUCGUCGCCAUCGUUCUCCGACUGUCGAUUCUACAACAGCUUGAGUCAUUUUUUUGCCAGACAGCCCUUUACCACAUUCUAAACUGGAGGAAGGGGGAAAGUUGUACAUUUGAGGUUAAUCUUUCUCAAGGGCUGGCAGUUGAACUUUUGACUGAUCACUGAAUACAUCUAUUGCUUGGAAUACGUUUAUUGUCGUUGAUAGUUCCAAGGUUGACUCACUAUAUUGGACCCUAUAAGGCAAACAAGCUAGAGUUAUGUAUCAUCAAGAGGAGAAAUUUGUGAGGUUUCAGGAUUGGCGUUUAGAGAAAUCUGUAAGUUCUGCAGAGGUUAGAGAAUCUUCUGGAAAGGUUAGAAGAACAAUAAGCUCUGCUUCAGAGAGCAUCCGAAGAGGUUUUGAACGGGGAUCUGAAAGACUUAAGUGCAUUAAGAAAUCAUUUCAAUUUCGUUCUCCAAGAGAUUCCUCUACGAAAGAUUUCAGCUCGAGGAAGAUUCUUGAUCCUCAGGGAGCAUUUCUUCAAAGAUGGAAUAAGAUAUUUCUUCUGUCAUGUGUGAUUGCUGUGUCUGUGGACCCCUUGUUCUUUUACAUCCCAGUUAUCCGUGGCACUGGCCAAAAGCAAUGCCUUGGUUUGGAUCAUAGAUUGGAAAUUGCAGCUAGUGUUUUGCGUUCCUUCACUGAUGCCUUUUAUCUACUUCAUAUUGUCUUUCAAUUUCGUACGGGUUUUAUUGCUCCUUCUUCUCGAGUAUUCGGAAGGGGUGUUUUGGUUGAAGAUUCUUUGGCAAUAGCAAGGAGAUAUUUGUCAUCAUACUUCCUAAUUGAUGUUCUUGCAGUUCUUCCCUUACCCCAGGUGAUUAUAUUGUUUAUAAUACCCAAAUUGAGAGGGUCGGCACCAUUGCAUGCAAAGAACCUAUUGCGAUUUAUUAUUUUACUCCAGUAUGUACCCAGGCUUGUACGGAUCAUUCCUCUAUACAGGGAGGUCACAAGAUCGUCUGGCAUAAUCACUGAAACUGCAUGGGCUGGAGCUGCUCUCAAUCUCUUUCUUUACAUGCUUGCAAGUCAUGUUGUUGGAGCCCUUUGGUACCUAUUUGCCAUUGAACGCCAAGAUACAUGCUGGCACAGAGCCUGCCGCGACCAUGGAUCAUGCAAGGUUGAAUCUUUGUAUUGUCAAGGGGAGGGUGCAGGAGGCAAUAGCUUUCUAAGUGAUUCUUGCCCUAUUGUAAAGCCAGAGGACACGACCCCACCUUUUGACUUUGGAAUAUAUUAUCCCGCUCUCGAAUCCGAGAUUGUCCAAUCAAGAAAUUUUCCACAGAAGUUCUUUUACUGCUUUUGGUGGGGACUACAAAAUCUGAGUGCUCUUGGCCAAAAUCUGCAAACAAGUACUUAUGUUUGGGAGAUUUGCUUUGCGGUUCUCAUUUCCAUCUGUGGCUUGGUUUUAUUUUCACUUCUCAUUGGCAAUAUGCAGACAUAUCUGCAGUCCACCACUGUGAGAUUGGAAGAGAUGAGAGUUAAAAGGCGAGACGCGGAGCAAUGGAUGUCUCACCGUCUGCUUCCCGAUAACCUGAGGGAGCGGAUCCGUCGAUACGAACAAUAUAAGUGGCAAGAAACAAGAGGGGUCGAUGAAGAGCUUCUGCUUCACAAUCUUCCCAAGGACCUCAGGAGAGAUAUUAAGCGCCAUCUCUGCUUGGCAUUACUCAUGAGGGUUCCGAUGUUUGAGAAGAUGGAUGAGCAACUCUUGGAUGCCAUGUGUGACCGUCUCAAGCCGGCCCUGUACACUGAAGAUAGCUACAUUGUCCGUGAGGGCGACCCAGUCGAUGAAAUGCUCUUCAUAAUGCGGGGAAAGCUGGAGACAGUAACUACCAAUGGUGGAAGAACUGGCUUCUUCAAUGCCGAUUUCCUCAAGGCUGGGGACUUCUGUGGAGAAGAGCUUCUCACAUGGGCACUGGACCCACACUCUUCCUCCAACCUCCCGACCUCAACAAGAACAGUACGGGCGUUGACUGAGGUAGAAGCCUUUGCUCUCAUGGCUGACGACUUGAAAUUCGUUGCAUCCCAGUUCCGGAGGCUCCACAGCAAACAGCUCCGCCACACUUUCCGGCUCUACUCACAACAGUGGAGAACAUGGGCUGCCUGUUUUAUACAAGCUGCUUGGCGCCGUCACUGUAGGAAGAAGCUCGAAGAGUCCCUCCAUGAGGAAGAGGAUAGGCUGCAAGCUGCACUUGCGACGGGUGGUGGCAGCUCACCGAGCCUCGUUGCCACCAUCUACGCGUCACGGUUUGCCGCCAACGCACUGCGGGCAUUGCGGCGCAAUGGCGCGCGCAAGACCAGGUUGCCGGAGAGGUUGCCACCCAUCUUGCUCCAGAAGCCGGCUGAGCCAGAUUUUACAGCAGAAUGAAGACGUAUGUUAAUGGCCUAUCCUGUUUUUGUAUUAAAAUAUCAGUUCCUCGGGAGCUUGUGUCUGCGUUUCGUUGUAUUUUUGGUAGAUAAACUGCAACGCUGGAAGAAUAUUCGGGUUUUGUGUUCUUGUAUCGUUUGUACCAGAAGUUCUGUACAGAAAAUGUAGGCUAAUAGCAGUUUCUUGUUUGGUUCUCAA